CAGAAAUCAGGGCGUGGAGCCUUGUUUCUUGAUACCAAGAGGAACACGAUACUGAAUAAGACAGGAUCUGAGAAAAUCACAGCAUAUCUGAUGUCUGAGGCUGAGAGGAAGGGAAUGUACGUGACUAUGAAGGAGAAUGCUACUAAGCUAUCCGUAUCACUAUCAGGUAUGUUCUCUGGUAUUUAUAAAGCUCUCAGCACUAGAGGACAAGCGAUCAGAAUGCUCAUUUUAAUAUCACUGCUCCUGUGCGGAAGCAUUGUGGACUUGGAGAUCUUGAGUUUGACCGGCCAGCUUUUAUCCGUCAUCUCUGACAACACUACUGCUGACAACCAGAGCUUCUACGGGAAUGUUCUCUGUCAAACUGUGCUGGAGUGCAGUACCAGGUUUGAGCACAUCAGGGCAAUGCUUAUAGGCUUCGUUUUUAUGGUUCUACUGGAGCAGAUCAUGGUCCUUGGGAAGUAUUAUUUAGAAAAUCUAAGCUUGCAAGGCAUAACGGGUAAUUUGAGGACCCAGUCUUUGGAGAAAGCGCUGUCCCUGCACAAGGGAUAUCACGACUCACACACCACCGCUGAGGUUGCCUCUGUAAUGGGAAGAGCAGAUUCCAUGACCUAUUUAGUUACAUUCACUAUCCCUUCUGCAGUGUCACAAACAUUUGGUAUACUUGCUUCUGGAUUCUAUUUAGUGAAAGCUGAUAUUAUGAUCGGGACAACGGUUAUUAUAUUGACAGUGCUUUAUAAUAUUGUAUAUCUUAUGCCAGCCAGGAGAAAAUCUAUGAGAAUAAUGCGGGCUCAAGAUAAACUGAGCUGUGGAGCAGAAGAGCACAAAGAUGAGGCUCUGUCCAUGAUGUCUACCGUAAAAAACUUCUCCCAUGAAGCACUCCAUGUUGAAGAGCAGCGAGUAGCAGAAAAAUGCUCGGCUUCUAAUGAUCUGACUAUUGUGCUUUACAGAAUUCUGGAUACAUUAUUUAUGCAGAGCUUCAAAUAUUUCCUUCUAGCAUUCUUGAUGGCUUACGAAUUAACAGCAUCGGAAUCCGUAUUCGGACCAGGAGAAUUCAUGACAUUUUACUUAGUGUUUAGUAAAUUCCAGGAGCAGUUCAGUUGGUUUGACUAUCAAAUAAAAGAUAUUCAGAAAGGCUUGACUGCAGUGGAGAGCUAUGUGGAGUUCAUGUCGACACCAUGCGAGGUAGUCUCCGGAAGCGAGACAGUAGCUUCUCUGGAGGAGGACAUACAGUUUGAGGAUGUUCACUUUGGGUAUCCCGCCAGGAUAGGGGAGAAAGUCUUAUCGGGAUUAGACCUUAAAAUACAACGCAAGAAGAUGACCGCUCUCGUAGGAGACUCUGGUGCUGGAAAGUCGACAAUAGCCAAGCUUCUGAUGAGACUCUACGACCCCCAGCAAGGUAGGAUCACAAUCGGUGGCAAGGACAUCAGAGACUACGAUUUAACAGGGUUACAUGGAAAGAUGACCAUCGUAAGUCAGGACCCCACUCUUAUGAACUCCACUAUAGUGGAGAAUAUUUCUUACGGAGCAGCAUCCCCAGAUGAGAUCACCAUGACGCGAGUUAAAAAGGCUGCUGAAUUGGCUAACUGUGACUUUAUCAACAAGUUCCGCAGCGGGUUAGACACGUUUGCGGGUUCGCAGGGUUUACAGCUUUCGGGAGGACAAAAGCAAAGGGUAGCGAUAGCCAGGGCGGCAAUGAGAGAUCCCGAGAUUCUGAUAUUGGACGAGGCGACCUCUGCUCUGGACGCUCAAAACGAGAAGGAAGUCCAGGAGGCACUGGAUAAGCUGAUGAAGGGCAAGACAACCAUAGUGAUAGCUCACAGACUGAGUACUAUAAGACAGGCAGAUGAGAUUAUCUGUCUGAAGGACGGGGAGGUUAAGGAGAGAGGGACACACGAUGAGCUGAUGGGGUUGGGAGAGUACUAUGCUAACCUGGUCUCCAAACAACUGGUCGAGGAUAAUUGCAAGAAAAUGGAGGAAAACGCUUGAUCUGGAAAUGAAGUGAAGCGUCUUCUUCAGCAAGUAUCUCAGGAAUUAGUCAGGCAAGAGAGCCAGUCUAAAAAUAAUCAACUUACGAAUGAGAAAGACUUA